GGGCGCAGGAACCUUGUGGCGGGAGCUAGGAGGAGGCGGCCUGCUAUCUCUGGUGGCGGUGGUUUGGAGCCACUCUUCUCUCCCUCCGGUCCUCCCCGCUUCCAGCCUCCGCCUCCAGACCCGCAGGCCGCUGGGCACGGAGCCCAUGAAGGCGCGGGCUCCCCCGCCGCUUUUGCGUCCUCGCAGUACAGCGGGAGCGCCCGGAGCAGUCUAAGGCAUGGCUGUAGCCUGAGCUUGGAGCGGCAGGAGAAGGCGGCAGCGGAACCCGAGGCCGCAACCAUGUCUGAGAAGCGCGCGAGUGCGCAGGCCGCAGGCGGCAGCUGGCCCCAAGGCUUUGGCCGACCAAGUGUGUACCAUGCUGCUAUUGUAAUCUUCCUUGAAUUCUUUGCAUGGGGCCUAUUGACAACUCCAAUGUUAACUGUUCUACAUGAAACAUUUCCUCAACACACAUUCCUUAUGAAUGGUCUCAUUCAAGGUGUAAAGGGCCUGCUUUCUUUUCUGAGUGCACCACUCAUAGGUGCUUUGUCUGAUGUUUGGGGGAGGAAGCCCUUUCUCCUGGGCACUGUCUUCUUUACUUGCUUCCCAAUUCCACUGAUGAGGAUCAGCCCUUGGUGGUAUUUUGCAAUGAUUUCCGUGUCUGGAGUCUUCUCGGUCACGUUCUCUGUGAUAUUUGCCUAUGUAGCUGAUGUCACUCAGGAGCAUGAACGAAGUACUGCUUAUGGAUGGGUCUCAGCCACCUUUGCAGCCAGUCUGGUCAGCAGUCCAGCCAUUGGAGCAUACCUCUCUGCCAGCUAUGGAGACAGUCUCGUUGUACUGGUGGCCACAGUGGUGGCUCUUGUGGACAUUUGCUUCAUCUUAUUGGCUGUUCCAGAAUCUUUCCCGGAGAAAAUGAGACCACUGUCCUGGGGAGUUCAGAUUACUUGGAAACAAGCAGACCCUUUUGCGUCACUGAAGAAAGUUGGAAAAGAUUCUACCGUCUUACUAAUCUGCAUUACCGUGUUUCUUUCUUACCUUCCUGAAGCUGGACAGUAUUCAAGUUUUUUUCUCUAUCUCAGGCAGGUCAUAGGUUUUGGAUCUGUUAAAAUUGCAGCAUUCAUAGCUAUGGUAGGAAUUCUGUCUAUUGUGGCUCAGACAGUCUUUCUUACCAUCUUGAUGAGAUCAUUAGGGAAUAAGAAUACCGUCCUCCUUGGCUUGGGUUUCCAGAUGUUCCAGUUAGUUUGGUAUGGUUUUGGAUCUAAGGCCUGGAUGAUGUGGGCAGCGGGGACCGUGGCGGCCAUGUCCAGCAUCACGUUUCCGGCAGUCAGUGCCCUCGUUUCUCAGAAUGCAGAGUCAGAUCAGCAAGGAGUUGCUCAGGGGAUCAUAACUGGAAUAAGAGGACUAUGUAAUGGCCUGGGACCAGCACUGUAUGGCUUCAUAUUCUACAUGUUUCAUGUGGAACUGACUGAGUUGGAACCAGAAUUGAAUUCUAACAAUGCUGCUCUACAGGGAGCUGUCAUCCCAGGCCCACCAUUUUUAUUUGGGGCUUGUAUAGUUCUUAUGUCUUUUCUGGUUGCCUUAUUCAUCCCGGAAUAUAGUAAUGGAAUUAAAAAACAUAGCAACAGCAUUAGUGGCAACCUGAUCAACACCCCGGAACGGGUCAGUGAUGAGGACAUUGAGCCACUGCUACAAGACAGCAGCCUCUGGGAGCUCACUUCUUUCAAGGACCCUGGGAGUCAGUGCACUGAACUAUAAACUUGACAGAAAAGGAAAUUCUGUGGAUAUCAUCUCUCUGAAGUUGUUGGGGAGCCACACCACAUGUACACACUUUGGUGCUGGAGGAAAGAUGCUACUGGUGUCCUUUAGGGCCAAGUUUGAUAAGUAACCCUUUGCCUCCCUCUUCCUCCUCUGGUUCUUCCAUUCUUUUUCUUUCUGUUUGUACCUAGAACAAGUUAAAGUUUGAAAUAUGUUGCUGCAAAUAAUUGCCACUCUCAAAGUUAUCUGGAGUCCAGACUUUGAAACUCAAAUAGAAAACGUCGUAUCUUCCAAAAAAGAUAGCUUUCCUUUAACACCUCCAGAUUAAGAGUGACAGCAGUUUUCCAUGUCCUUUUCAGUAGAAGUGUAGGAUUUUGUUGGUCCUGCCAUCUCUGGCCGGAUUUAUGAUAAAGAAUCCCUUCUGAUUUUCUUCCUUCGUGUUUCUCUGAAAAGUGGCCACUUUGCCCAUUAGUGUUUAUGAGUGACUGCAUGUAGAUUCAGUAUCAGGGAUCUAUUGCCUUUGUUCAAAGGUCAAACAAAACCCUAACCUUCAUCUUUUUUCUUUGUCUCUUCUUAAUAUUGUUGGUUAGAAUGAAAUUCAGCAUAUACAUCUCUGGAUAUUAAAUAAUAUUGGUCAGUGACAUUCUUUACCAGUGAAGAAAAUUUUUCUUAUAAAUUUAAGUCAUUAAGAAAUAGCAAUCAGAUUCUUCAAUGUAGUGUCUUGGUCAUAUCCAAAGGUGAUUUUACAGAAGAAAACACAUAUCAUACAUUCUGGUAGCAACAUAGAAAUCAGAGGGUGCUUUUAUUGGACGUUGCUUCUAAAAAUGUUUUCAACAAUGCAAACAUUCCUAAGUGAGGAUGAGCAUUAAUAACUGGAUACCAGUGGAGUUUAUAUCCAAGUUCAGAUUCAUAUAAUUCAUCAUUAUUUGUUCCUUCCCACAUCUCCAGUGUCCUCAGUUUUUCUCAUUCAUCACACCCCUGCCUUAACUGCUCUCUGUAGUAUGCAUUUGUUUUCAAUAGAUCUUUAUUUCCAUCAGUUUAUCUGAGUUUUGAAUCUUAUGGGAAUGUGUACAUCAAAUUUAUAUCUAAAAUAUGAUGGUUUAGGAAGUUCAGUUUCACAGUAAGUGUCCUGCUAAUUUUUUGAGAUGUUUUAAGGACAAAAAAAAAAACCUUUACAAAUGUAUAUGCAUUUUGCUGAAUCAAUAAAUGAACCAUUCAAUCGGGUCUACCUUUAACAUAGCACUCCUGAAAGUUUUAUAGGUUUGAUAUAUAUGUAGAUAUUUGUAAGAAGUUUUAAAUUUUCUUGAUGGAGUGCUGUAUAAAUCUUGUAUUUAUAAAUAUAGUGAAGGUGUUGACAGAAAAAUUAUAUAUACAACUUUUAUAAAGGAUUAUGUACUGACUGAAUACAUUUAGAAGAAAAUAUAUUUUGAAACCUAUUCUGCUAUGAAAAGAAAUGACAUAUCUUUUUACUAUGUUGUUGGUUUUUAAGUUAAGCUUCCUAAUGCAUAAUAAAUUUGUAAUGGAUACAUCUA